AUGAAUUCAGUUGAACUACGUGCACUAUAUCGUCAGUUUUGGCGAAUUGGGCAUAAAGCGGUUCGCCAUGCUAUUCCUGCAAAAUACGCAAUCCAAGAUAAAAUCCGAGCAGCCUUUCAAGCAUCACCUCCCUCUGCAAAAAAAAUUAAAAACACAUUGGAAUUCCUAAUAAAAGCAAGUGAAAGUAAAGGCCUAGAAUACUCCAUAUUAAAGAAUUUGUGCCGUGUUCACCAAUCAAAAAAAUUAUACGUCAAAAGAAGGAGGAGACCAUUAUCGACUUUGAAACCAGAAGAACGGCAAUUUCAUGAACAAAUAUAUGAUGAAUGUGACUUGACAUUAUAUAUGUUAAACGAAACCUGUGGAUUAUGUUUAAGAUAA